AUGGCCCCUCGUCGCUGGGUGAAGCGCUCAUUGCAAGGGGGAGCAGAGGAUUCCCAGACAGCUUGCAAAAAAGAAGAGGUGGAGACACCCUCCCUGAGGCCCAGUUUGAGCACAGAAGGUGCAAGCGUAGCCGUGGUGGGCGGUGGCUUCGCUGGCCUCUUCUGCGCCGAACGGUUGGCUGAGCUGGGAUUCGAUGUCACCUUGUUCCGUGCAAGGUCUCGUUUGUCUGCCACUCAGAUGGAGCACGAGCACAACACGGUCUAUACCCGCCCUGGUGCAGCGUUCUUUGAUUACGGCUGUCAGCUGAUCACAGCAGGUGAUCCCUGGUUUAGAGGUCGCAUGGAGGCUUACGAAGCUCAAGGCCUCUGCCACAAGCCCAACGUGAGCGUGCUGAGCAAGACCCACGGCCUCCAGAGGUUCGCAGAGCCACCAGGUUGGGCAGGGACACGUGGGAUGUGGCAGUUUCAGGAACAAGUCGCAGAAGAAGUCAUUGCCAGGUGCAAGAUCAAGCUGAUCACAACUGCGACUUCGUGGCCACCGAAAGUUGGAACCCGGUAUCCUGACAAGCCGCUGUUGCUGGAUGACUAUCAUUACGGGCCUUCUGGAUGGGUACUUGGAAACCAGAAAGGCCAAAGCUUCGGACCUUAUCAGGUCUUGUGCGGAGCUUUCAACUCUCAGACGAUGCUGAAUACGCAGUUGAAGCGACGGGAGGUUUCAAAGAUGAGAGAUUACCUGAAGCAGAUCCGCUUCCAGACCCCGAUCGUCGCUAUGGUGGCUUUUGAGCGGCCGCUGGAGCUGGACUUCACCUGCGCCUUCGUGGCAGAAAAUCGCUGCCUUGCCUGGGUCAGCAACAACAACCGGAAGAUCGCGGGCGGGCGCUUCGAGUCGAAGAGGGAGCUUUGGACCCUGAUCGGAACGGCCGACUAUUCCUAUCAUCUCUUCGAGAAGUUGGGCACGGGCGGCUACAAGAAAGUUGCCCUCAAGGACUUUCUCGACAGCUUCGGCGAGCUUGUCGGUCGAAACCUGCAUGAGCGUGGGCCGGAAGCUGUUCGCAUCAUGCACUGGGAAGCCGGAGUCGAAGCCAACACGCCUCCAUCCGACAAAGGCUGCCUCUGGGACGCCGAGAAGCGCCUGGGAUGGUGUGGCCCCUGGGCCACCUUUGCCUCUGCGGAAGGCUCCGCGCUCUCCGGUCGCUGCCUGGCAGAGGUCGUGGCCGCAGGUGGCCCUGCAGAAGUCGGCUACCCCCAGGGCUCCUGGCGCGACGCAGCCUGCCGCCUUCGCCCUGGCUAUGUCCGUCUGAGCCAGGGCUUCUUCUAUGCACCAGGAGCUCCGGAUUGCUUGGUGUCUAUCGAUCCGCCUGCAACGGCUGGCACUGAGGACCCAAAUUGCUGGUGCUUAGGGCUUAGGGUACAGGGUAUGCGGUUUUCGGGCCUCGGGUGUAGGGUUUAG